AUACAGAACGAUCGACGCUCGUCACGGCGCGCCAUUUGCAUUUCUGCCCGCCAUCAAUCCCUUCACCAAUGUCUACAUGGGCGCGACGAUAGAUGUCUCGUAACAGACGGGUCAAUAAUAAUUGCCCAACAUGGCGCGACCAUUUCCAAACACAUUUGAGCAGGACUCGCCCAUGACCCCUCAAUCUGCGUCCAGCAUCUCGUAUCAGACGAAUGUAAAUCGACAGAAGACGAAGAAGUGGGCAGAAGCGAAGACUGUCAAUUAUGGAGGAGACGAUUGGGGUGAUGAUGAUGAAUACGAUGUUCCCCCUCCUCCCAUCUCGAAACCCACCGGCUUUCGCCAGCAAGGGCAAGGCAUACAGAGUUCUGCGAAGCCAGAAUCUCCUGGGUUUGAUAGUGCAAAGAAAUAUGGCGAACUUCCACCUUUGCCAGGUGCGAACGAUCCUCGAGGCCGCAGGAACUCAUUCGAUGCAGAUGAUGAGAAACGGAACUUUUCGAGCAGUACAAUGAGGCAGCCAUCUCCAGCAGCGGCGACGCCUACGUCUGCUACAUCUGCUGGCCCUGCUACCAGAUUCUCCCAGAUCACUGGCCAACCUUCUGCUCGCAAUGCAAGUGGUCCUCCUGCUCUCUCCAUCCAGACCCAACAGCCUCAAGCUCCUACAGGACUUCGAAAACAAAGUCAAAUGGUGUCUCCGGUCUCAGGAUCUCCCCAUCCUGAUGUAUUGCAACCGGGAAGAGUCAACCAGGGGGAAAGCUCAGUCGUCUCUCCUGCAUCCGAAACACCUUCUACUGCAAGUGAUUUCCAAGCCCGACGGGACUUCUCACCGUCUGCUGUUCCUCAACCACUCAAUUCCCGGGCGUCACCAGCUCCUCAAUCCGCAACGGACUCUCCCUCCACGAGAUUUCCAGCACGGAAAAGCAGUCUGAGCCAAGCAAUGGGACCUCCAGUAUCGGAGAUAAUGCGACCUUCUCCGGCAGACACUACCCCGAAACCAUGGGUAUCUGGACGGUCAGCUUCUCCUGGGGCAUCGGCAAGAUCGCCAGGGACACCAACUGGCAAAGCUCUGCCUUUUAUUAGGCCGGCAGAUAUUUAUCGCCGUGCUGAGGAGGAACGAAGACAGUCUCUUGAGUCCGGUAGACCAAGUAUGGAUUCUGUUACUGGUGCUAAAUCUAGCGAUAGGUCAGAUUCUCCGGCUAUGCCUCAAGUGAGAGAGAAGUCGAGCUCGGAUAGUCUGGGCGGCACCGGAAGACGUCGUACAAGCUUCGAAGGCGAUGAAGGUUCCGAUUCUGGACGCCGAUUGAUGCCAAUGCUAGAGCCGGUGAGGGAGAGAAAGAGCGAGUACGGUUUUGAAGGCGUUAAUCUUGGUGAACAACCCCCUCAAACAGGACCAGUGCAUAGCACGCAAUCCUUCGAGUCUGCAACUGAUUUAGAAACCGACGAAGAAGAGGCUAGGAGAUUGUCCAUCAGCCCCAAGCUGCCAGAUUUGACCCGGAUGUCAGGCUUUGGAAUGGACAUGUUCUCUCAACCAAGUACUGAUGCCCCAAAGGCUCCAACCACCAGAGAUGCAGGAAGCGUUCCAACGACUUCGACAACAACACUUUCCCCCGUCGACGAGGACCUCAAACUUCGAACCCAACCCUCAUUUGGCUUCAAAUCUGUUGUCAAUCAGGCAUUCGAUAGGUCAGACGAUGCCUCCGUGCCCCCGACUCCCGCUUCAAAUACUGGCAGUGGUCCAAGACGGACUGAUAGUGAAAGCACUGGCACGACUGGAAUUAGUCCUAUUAUGAGCAGAGUACCUAGUGGAGCUGGUCCGGAUUCGCGUCAUCGAGAUAUCUCGAAUCCAACCAUACUGGAGGUCGUCAAUGAACCUAUUUCGCCAGAAACAGCGCCAAGCAAGGACAUUGGAGACGAGCAACGAGGUCGAGAGAUCCCAGGCUUCAAACCAGGUUAUCGCCGAGACAUCAGCACCCCUAGAAGUGAUAACAGCCCUGCCAGAACGCCAGAUCUUGCCAAGGCCAGGAUCAUUACCAGUGGGCAGCAUGCAGUAGUAUCCGAAACAUCUCCUGAAAUGGAGCCCGCAGAAAGCGAACCACUACAACCUCCACGCCCAAUUGCUGAGCGUGAAGGCAGUUUCCGUCCAUCUUUGCCUGGCGGCUGGACCUCUUAUGCAACAACAGCUCAGAGCGAGAACCCUUCUCAAGCUCCAUCUGUCAGAGCACACACCCCAAUCCGAGAUGUCUCUACUGCCAAUAACCAAGGUCGAAAUGAUGAGUCAGACUUGACUCCAACUACGACAAAACACGGAAUGCCUGCAUCUGAACUUGGCGCCGCUGUCGCUGGUACUGCUUCAUUAGCUCUACGCCAUCAUGAUAACAACAGUCUCGCUACCGGUCAUAUUCCUCCAAGUCGAACUCCUAGCCGCAAAGCAGUGCCAAGCAACAGUGCUUUGCCUACCCCUGACCCAGCCAUGGCUCCGGGUGGUAAUUUAUACUCCACCAAGGACCUUGAUCCAAGACUGCUCCCGAAGCUUGAACAGGCCCCUGCCGAGACCCAGCUGCGACCAGAUGCUGACAACAGAGAUGUCUCUGCACAGUCCAGUGUAGCUCCUACGCCACCGCUCAAAGAUACACCUGAAAAUGAUGGUGCCGACGAUGAUUCUGAGUAUUUCGCAACUCCUCCCGUUCCUUUGAAGCCAAGAACCCCAGUUCAGGCCGAGGAACAUGAGACUCUGGCUCCUCCGAUGAGACCUCAAAUGCUACCAGCACUUAGUACUGAUACGUAUGCAAACGAUGAGGAGAAUGAUAAGCUUCGGCAAGAAAUUGUGAAGAGUCUUACUCCAAGGCCAUCGGAUGGAAAUGCUCACGACGACGGUGUGGUCUCCGAUGAAUUUGACGAGACUAAUUAUCCCAAGCAAGGCCAUGAAAGCACCUAUUUACCUCGCGAAUAUGACAACUAUUGGGCGUCUAAUUCCGAUGAUGAGGAACAAGUUCCUGAAACGGCCCCGGCUCCGGUAGAAGAUCCUGUCAAGAAAGAAAUCUCCCAACCCGAGACAAUAGAGCAGGAGCACAAUAUGGCCGAAUCGCCUAUUGUUGCACCUUUGAGCCCACGAAAACCAGAACAAUCAUCACUUCAGCCGCCUCGACCACCGAUGCAAAGUCGCUUUUCGUGGGAGGAUAGUAAUGAGAAUGUGAACGCCAUACCCUCGAAUGACCAAGUGUCAGAAGUCAGUGCUACAAGCUCGCCUGUACACAUAUCUCACAUGGCCGAAGACACCAACGUGGCUCCUACUACAACUCUUUCCACUCCACAGCAAUCGGCGCUGGAUGUCAAUUCUGUUGAGCCACCAGUGCAAGAAAUCCAGCCUGGCCAUUCAUCAACGGAAGAUCACAACACAAAUGCAUUAUUAGCCGCUGUUGGUGCCGCUUCGCUAACAGCUGCUGCCAUUCCCAGAUAUGAUUCUACUCCAUUGGAAAACAAGAGUCGCCGGUUGUCCCUAGCAGAAGAGAAAGAUCCUCGUGUCUCCUCGCACCCUGUCUCGCCAACACCACCUGAGGACGAACACCCGGCUCGAGCUGCUCAAUCUUAUUUCAGCCCAUCUCCAAACCAGAAUUCUCCAGUUCCUGCUCCGAGCACAGUAUCGCCUGUUGCUUCACCUGUCCAUCAACAACCAUUUGCACCUCCUUUGGGCCCAAUUUUGGGAUUCAAGAACAUUGUACAGAUUCCAUCUUCGCAAGAGAGAAUUGAAGCUUUCAAUACAACUAGACAACGGUUUGCAAUAAUGGAUUCGGGCUUGAACAACUGGAUGGUGGCUCUCCAGCAACAACAUCCCGAGCACGCAGGUGCAGGUGCUUCAUUCGGUGGCUCUAGAUUUAGCGUUCCUAGCGGUACAGGAAGGUCCAAAUUUGGCAGGUCGACUGGUGGCACAGCACCUCCUCUGCAGCAACCCUAUUAUCAGCAGUAUCUCAACGCGAGCUCACCAACGAUGCCUUCUACGCCAGUGGGACCUCGACCUGGCCCCGGUCCCAGCAUGACUUCGGGGUCGCAACAGGGCUUUAACUCUAAUAGUAGCAAAAUCACUAGUCAGCAAGUUCAAGCUAAAGGGAAAGAGCUCCUUCACUCAGCUGGUAUCUUUGGUGGUAAAGCAGGCAAGGCAGGAAAAGGUCUUCUUGCAAAGGGCAAGAGCAAGUUUCGUAGUGGCGGAGACAAGGUAGAUUGACACAUCUCCUUCAGUGCCGGAGCGCAAUUGGGCGACGGGGCGUUUCAUCUGAUUUACCACGUACUUUCGUGCAUUUUCAAGACUAAUCAGCGCGGCGGUUUCUUUUCUUUUCUCGUCAGAUGGCCUCCUGCUUAGCGGGUUGUGUACGACUAGGGGAAAUUGCAGCCUUUCAACUGUUCUCUCCUUG